UCCCAAACAAAGUGUGGAUCGGGGAACAAAGUUUUUUAGAUAUGGUACAUCAUAGUCUACAUGUCUGGGAAGUUUUAUAAAAUUCGGCGGACCAGAUCGUUAAUCUCAAAAACUAAAGCGUUUUCAGUCUCUCGCUCGUCCCACGGACCAUGCACGGACACUGUACAAAAAUAUAUUUCCAGCACUGACAUCGUGCGACGUGCACGCGCGCACGUGCUCGUACAACGCAACAACAAAAAACAUGGCGCCACCACGGGAGGAAACGGUAGAGUCAAAAUCCUCAGAAAACCUUCGGGUUUUACCUGGAGACGAUCUCUCUGAUGUCUUCAUAUCCACCCGAGGGAGCAAGUUUCGACUUGGUCCAGGUUUGCGUCAGGAGGGAGAGACUGUUGUUGCCUGCAAGUGUGGGAUUUUGAGGAAAAAGGAACCCAAUGAUGUUUUCUGGAUUGACAAUCACCAAAAACGGUAUGUUCCAGUCAAAGGAGAAACUGUCUUGGGGAUAGUGGUUGGAAAAGCUGGUGAUGUAUUCAAAGUAGACAUUGGAGGCAGUGUACCCGCAACACUUUCAUAUUUGGCAUUUGAAGGAGCAACAAAGAGGAAUAGACCUAACGUUGCUAUAGGAGAUGUUGUGUUUGGUCGACUGCUGGUUGCAAAUCGAGACAUGGAGCCAGAAUUAGUCUGCAUGGAUAGCGCUGGACGGAGUGGGGGACUUGGCAUCAUGUCUGAUGGUGGCUUCAUGUUUCAGUGCUCACUGGGACUGGUUCGCAAGAUGCUGUCCCCUAAAUGUACUUUGGUAAAACAACUUGGUCAAGUCAUGCCAGUUGAGUUGGCAGCAGGAAUGAAUGGACGAAUAUGGCUGCGAGGCAAGACCGUGUCCAGCACCAUCACUGCAAUGAAUGCCAUAUCCAGUGCUGAGUUCAUGACAGAGUCAGAGAUCAGACUUAUGGUGCACAGACUACAGGACUCUGUGUCUGGAAUGUGGAGUGGAAUUAGUUGACAGUAAAGGGGACUGGUGUCUGGUCUGACUAGUGUCUUCCUGGGGGCUGAGGCCAGGGAAAAUAACUGGUUUGUUCUUGUACCUGCUGUGUGAACAUUAAACCAAAGGGGACUAUAUUACAACUUGAAAAGGGAAAGGUUUUACAGUGUAAAUGUUCGUUUUGAACAUGGACUAUAUAUUAUAAUGAGCACACUCUUAUAUACCAUUUGUAAAUUGUUACUGGCCAAGAAAUUGUUUGGAAGUUCUUGCUUCAGAAUCAGGCUCUUGCAGAAUUUGUAAAGUGUAGACACUGGCAUUGAUCAUAUCAGUUUGAAGACCAAGAUGGCUGGCACGUUAAUUAGAUCAGUUUAUUGCCGGCCAUGCACCUUAAACCUAGUCACUUGUUCCCUCUACCCCAUCCAAGGGUUCUGCUAACAACUAAUCCCUUUCAGAAAAUCUUACAAAGGAAAAACAGAUGUUGCAUAAAAAUGUGGGUUGUUCACUUGCUAUGAUCAAUGUGCGCAUGUGAUCUAUGCAUAUUCGUCACAGAUUAAAGAAAUUAGAGGUUAUGUUGCACUUGGAUAGAGUGAUGGGUAUAAGUGAAAGGCCUACUAUGAUCACCUUUGUUAAAUGUAACAAAAAGUGAUUUUGCCAAAUAAAUGACCCCCCAAAAAAGGAUAGAAUUGAUGAGAAUUUUUAUUUUUACUGAUUACAUGAAUACUGUUGUGUGUCGCUGACUGCUUCACACAUGCCAAUCCAUCGGACUACGUGGAAACAUGACUACCGUCACGACUUGAGGGAGUGGCUGCGUGCCUCAAAUGGAAAUCUAUGAUCGUUCUUUCUUGACUUGCUUGUGCUCAUAUGCAUAUAUAUAUGUACAUGUAUAUGUGUGUCCCUGGUUUAACUGAGACAUUAACAUCCAUAUUAAGUAUAUAAUUAUACAUAAAUAUGCAAGUUAGCUGUCGUAUAUAUUUAAUUUCAAACUUUUAAGGAAUAAGGUACUAAGCAGCAGUAGGCUAUGUUUCAACAGUUACUGAUUUCAAUAAAGCCACCAAUAGUCUGAUAUUUUA